AGGCGCAUGUUCCCGUUCCUCAGCUUCAACCUCUCGGGGCUCAACCCCGCGGCCCACUACAGCGUCUGCGUGGACGUGGUGCUGGUGGACCAGCACCACUGGCGCUACCAGGGCGGCAAGUGGGUGCAGUGCGGCAAGGCCGAGGGCAACAUGCCAGGUACGGCGGCGCGGUCCCUGCCACCCCCCCCCGCCCCCACCCACCCCCCCCCCCCGCCGUGAUGCCCCCCCCCUGACGGCCGCUGCCCCCAGAUGAUCGUGCUGCAGUCGCUGCACAAGUACCAACCCCGGCUGCACGUGACGGAGGUGAAGGAGGGCGAGGGCGAGGCGCCGUGUCCCUCCCCGCACACCCACACCUUCGCCUUCCCCGAGACCCAGUUCAUCGCCGUCACCGCCUACCAGAACGCCGACAUCACCCAGCUGAAGAUCGACCACAACCCCUUCGCUAAAGGCUUCCGGGACAACUUUGACUCGAUGUACGCGGCCUCGGAGGGCGACCGCCUGACCCCGUCUCCGCCGGACGCCCCCGGCUGCCCCCAGCUGCUGCCGGGCCCCCGCUUCCAGCCCUUCCUGCAGGAGCAGUACCCGCUGCCCCCCGGGCGCUUCUACAACGGGGAGCGGGGGCCCCCGCUGCCCCUGCCCCCCAAGGACCCCCCCCGCUGGUACUUUGCCCCCCAGCAGCCGCCCGCCGGGGCCCUGGAGUUCGGCGGCUACGAGGGGGGGUACGGCGGGGGCAAGCUGGUGCCCUACGGGGUGAAGCCCUUCGCGCUGCCCCCUGCCACCCACCCCCCUCUGCCCUACUACCCCGAGGGGCCGGGGGCUUUCGGGGGGGCGGGGGCCUGGGGCCCCGGGCAGUACGUGCCCAAGGG